UAGUUCUUAUAAUAACACCAUGCUUCUUUAUAUUCGAAAUGACCGUCGUUCGUCCUAUCGUAGUUGCAGCCUACGACAUAGGCACACUAAAACAUAAUUUCCAUAUACUUUGCUCGACGUUUUGUUUCGUAAACGUUGUAGGGAACAUGAUUUUUAGCAUUCUCACGGAUACGAGAGUAAAAGCAUCGCUGGAUUCUGAUAGCUACUGCCAGGUAUGUAAGCUACAGCGACCGGCGAAAGCUUGGCAUUGUAAGAAGUGCAAUGCCUGUAUUCUGAGAAGAGACCACCACUGCUUCUUCUUUUCACGCUGCAUUGGAUUGCGAAACCAAAGAUACUACGUUUUAUACCUCGGAUACAUAUUCGUUUCCAUGAUAUAUUCCCUGUAUUACAACUAUUAUUAUGUGGUAACGAAAUUUGAAGAGCAGAGUAUGGUUUUAUCAGCUUUUAGAGUUGUAAAUCCGUUUUUACGAUACUUGAUUCCAGAGCCCUUGGGUAUUGCAGAUCUGUACAUGUUGUUUUUGUUCUUGAACACGGGUCUUGCUUUUUGGUCCGGUGGGUUAUUUUGCUUCCACGUGAUGAAUGUAGUGCGAGGUUUGACAGCUCAUGAGUCUAGAAAAGACUUCGGGGCGAACUGGGAGAUGGUGAAGAGAAAUUUUGUUGGAGUCUUCGGUGUGAGAUGGUUUUGGGCAGUGAUUUCGCCGUUCGCUAACAGUCCUUUGCCAGAAGAUGCUGGGCUGAAGUGCCACUAGAUUUAAAUUUAAUUUAUUAUUAUUAAAAGCAAGGUUGUAUAA